CGUCUCGGUGAUUGCUGGCUUUGCAAUGGAUAAUUUCAGUGAGGGACAAGAAAAUCAAGACAGAGCUGACUACUCGGUCGCUUUUUACAUGUUCGCUGGUUUUGGUACCUUGACGUUGCUUACAGUUGCUUUCGGAUUUGAGAAGUGGCGCCAGAAGAGACCAGAAAAGAUGCUUCAGAGUCUACGAAAGCUUUUGGGGAAACCCAACGAGCUGUUGUUCCUUGCCGUCAUGUUCACCAUAGGGUCGUCAUUCGGUGCUAAGGCUAACUUCCUUUUCUGGUAUCUGAAAGACAUGGGAGCUAGUCAGUUGCUGUUGGGACUUGCGAUGAUGAUUAACUGCAUGGCAGAAAUCCCUUUCAUGUUCUUUUCGGGUCACCUGAUACGCAAGAUCGGCCACAAACAAGUCUUCCAGCUGGCGCUGUUGUGCUAUACCAUCAAGUUUUUCUCGUACUCUCUGAUACCGAGCGCAUGGUGGGUUCUGGCGAUAGAACCGCUACACGGCAUCACGUUUGGGGCGAUGUACGCCACCGCCAUAACGUACACAAGUUUGAUCGCACCACCCGGGAUGGAGACCACCAUGCAAGGCAUCGUGGGAGCGGUCCACUUCGGUGUGGGUUUUGCAUCAGGUGCUCUCAUCGGUGGAGCCAUCUUCAAUGCGUUUGGUGGAGUGGUUUUGUUCCGAGUGUACGCUGUCGUUUGCCUCGUCUCGUGUAUCCUCUACCGCCUGAUCCCCCGCUUCCUAAGAAACUCCAAGGGAGAAGAAGCUAGUCCAGGUCCACAGCACGGGGAGAGUGAAGAAACCCAUCCUGUUGCAGAAGGUCAAGAUGAAACAAGGACAGAAACAUGUAGCAAGUCUUAUGAAACUAUUUAUGAAAAUGCGAAUGUAUCCUACUACGAGACAUCUGUAUGAUUUUAGCAAUUGCUGGGUAAAAACAGUGAAAGAAAAAAAAAA